CCAAUGGCAGCGCGAGGGGUAGGAGGUUGUCUGCACCAGCAGCUCAGAGCUCCGGUUGCAGCAUCCUCAGAGCCUGCUGCCACUGCUGCUGCUCUUCGGCCUCCUGUUUUUAAGAGGGGGAAUGAGAAGGAAGAGGGCCUCUCUGCUGCAGUAGAACAAGAGGCUUUUUCUGGCUGGGAUGGCCUAAACUCCCUGGCUCUUUGCCUUGCUGUUCCUCUGUUUGGCGCACCGAGGAGUGAGGAAGCAGGCAGGGAAGGGGGGUGGGAUUGAGAGGAGUCAGCCGUCUGUCCAUCUCAGGAUCCAGACUCACCCUCCUAGGACACCCCCGGGACUCCAGAUCAGAUCGAUUUCCUGGUGGACCUUGGGUGCCUGGUGAUAUAACAAUGCUUCAAGCUAUCUGCAGAAGUCAGCUUAACAAACAGGGUUAAAAACAGUUUCUUAUGUAGAUACGUGGCAUGUAUGUAUAUGUAUUUAAAUCCAAAUCCAAAUAAAGGGAAAUUGCCCGAGAAAGACAUGUCUUUGACAACGGGAGAAGCCAACUUCUCGAACCCCACCACGGCGGUUUAUUUCCUCAGCUCCACGGUGGCGGGAGAGGGGCGGGACAACAGCAGCACAAGAACCCCCCCUGUUACCCUCGCAACCAAUGAGACCAGUUUUAAUUCCACCAAGCUGCCGGAGGUGGCUGGCAGCUCCUCUGGAAUGGGCAUGGUGCUUCUUCCCUUUGGCAUCAUAACCGUCAUUGGCUUGGCAGUGGCAAUGGUUUUGUACAUCAGGAAGCGAAAUAGGCUGGAGAAGCUGCGCCACCAGCUGAUGCCCAUGUACAACUUCGACCCUGCGGAGGAGCAGGGUGAGCUGGAGCAGGAGCUGCUGGAGCACGGGAGAGAGGGAGCCGUGCCAGCCCCGCACAGCAAGCAUUUCAUUUGACACAAAAAGCCUUUUGAUUUGAGAAGACGUGGCAGCCACAGAAGAUCCUGAUGCCCAGCCAGGCGACCUUGCAAAGACCCAGCCGACUGGUCUUCACCGAUGUCGCCAACGCCAUCAACGCGUGACUCAUAGGCCUGACCGCUAGGGGACAGCGCCCGCUGGCUUGCAGGCUGAGAGAUCCUGGCUGGAGCAGGGUCUGGCAUGCAGAACUCGCAGAGUUGAGAGGUUCUGACCUGGUGGGAGGAAUUGUUUAUAAUGUAAUGGGGGGGGGGGGGUUCUAGAAUCAGCUGAAAUCAAAGCUCAAGCACGUUCCAUGGGGUUGUUCCAAUUCCGAAGUUCAUUUUCUCUUUCUCUGUCAACUUGCUUUGAUUGACUCCUUGGGAAUAUAUAGCUUAUCCUCUGUUGGUAGUUUCCUUCUGCUUCUCAGUUUAAACUCUAGCUGCACCCCUGUUUAAAACAGCUUGGAUCUCUCAGCCCCCCUCCCCCUUCCCCCUUAUGGAAGUUUCCCAUAGUAAAAGCACAGUGAAAGCAUGAUGAAGCAAUGAAGCAUAGGUAAGCAUUGUGAAGCACAGAGAGAUCUGGUAAAGCAUAUUAAAAAUCCUUGGUACAUCAUGGAAAACUACGGACUAUGGGAAAAGUAAAACUGCAAAUUUACUUUGGUAAACUUUUAUAAGGGCCAUGAUAACAGUAAAGCAUCCUUCUGCACCUCACAGCCAGUGCUUGCCCUUACCUUGUAUUGCAAAGUCAGGAGAGGUGAAGUGGCUUUCUUCUGCCAUUCUUCUGAGACUAGACCUCUCCUGUACAACACCUGUGCCCCUCAAACCCAUUAAGGUUGUGUGUUAUAUGUCUGUUAGCUAGACUGAGGAGUGAAUAAAAUAAUUUUGUGAAUGUGUAAAUGGACUAACUUAAACAUGUUAAACAGCUAACUGGGUUGCAAGCUGGAAUUUCAGCUCAGUUAGUUAUGGACCUGAUCCUCAGACCUGCAGUCAGGUGACUGUGACUGGUCCUGCCCAUCCCAGCAGAACCAUUCUCCCUGUGACUGGUCCUGCCCAUCCCAGCAGAACCAUUCGCUCUGUGACUGCUCCUGCCCAUCCCAGCAGAACCAUUCUCCCUGUGACUGCUCCUGCCCAUCCCAGCAGAACCAUUCGCUCUGUGACUGCUCCUGCCCAUCCCAGCAGAACCAUUCGCUCUGUGACUGGGGAGAGCCACAGCUCUGUUUAUUAUGCAGUUAUUGUGGUAUAUACACUAGCUUACUGGCACACAGGGAGGUUUUCAACCAUUAGGGCUUCUAAGGGCUAAAAGCACUUUAACGAACUAGCUAAAAAUGUCUAAGCAAUGUUCAGGAGACAAGAUAGGGAUUAUGUAUACAAGGCAGUAAACAGCUAACUAAGAAGCUAGACCUUUUUCUUUAUGGAUGGAAUUCUUGUCUUUUAAGAUUUGAGAUAAAUCGUAAGUGGCACUAAUGGUUUCGGUAGUUUCCUUUAUAAAGAAUAAAUAAAAGCCGACUUCCAAAAGGUGACUCGGCUAUUCUCUGAUUCUCCUGGGUUUGAAAAUCGGGUCCAAAAAGAAAACAGGAAUGUAAACUUUCUGAAAUGCUAUGAACUUUACAGAUAUCGAAAAGGACAUCUGAUUAAAGUAAUAUGACUGUAUCUGUGUGUGUGCGUGUGUGUGUACAUUUAUAAAGAAAAUAAAGGCAUCCACAACCAUGACAUGCAACUGAGACCCCAGAACUGACACCAAAACAAAAACCAGCAAGUGACUGAUGCAUAACUUACAGCUUUAUUGAAAAAAAAAAAAAUACUAAUCACUACCAUUUCCAUAGAUAAGAGGUACAAAUGACCGACAAUUUAACAGGUCAUAAAUCCAAAAAAAACAUACUCUACCAUACAAAGAAAUAUAAAUGAUUAUCAGAAACCUUAAAAGGCUGAAAUUAGAAAUAAUAAUAAUAAUAAUAAUAAUAAUAAUAAUAAU